CCAAGGCAAAAUAACACUGACUUUUUCUCGCCAGCUCUGCAAUUCUGUGACAUUUCUGUCUGAUUGCGACUCUAGUCAUAGUAAUUCGUCCAACACCGAGAAGAAAACACCAAUCAAAAUGUCUCCUUCAACCAACACCGUCCCAACAGGACCUAUCCUCGCCGCCCCUCCUCCAUGGAACACCAAAGCAACCAUGUACCUGAUCCCCUUCUGGACCUCCUCCAAAACCGCAGCCAACCUCCCCCAAAAGGCCUACCACCCCUUGGAAUACCAGUCCUCAUUCUCCUCCCCCCAAGCGUCAGGCAAACCCCUCGGGGGUCUCAGCAUGGUCCAGAUAAUCCGCUACCACGAAACCCCCGUUGGCCCCUACGACGAACUCAUCCUCUGUCCCGGAACAUUCGAAUACCCCCUCCCAGACGACCAAGCCAGCUCAACCAAGAAGAAAACCGGCAAGGCCAUGAGGAUCACCCGAAUCUAUGUCAGCCAGAAAUACACCUGUUCGAACGGCCGAAAGCUCUGGAACCUCCCCAAACACCUUGCCAAAUUCACCUGGUCAACCCCCGACCCAUCCAACCCCAAUGUCCAAACCCUCCGAGUCUACCCCCACGACCACACUACUCCCUACGACCCAACUGAAUCAACCCCCAGCACCACCCCCUUAUUCAAGUGCACCCUCAAGAUGAUCCCCUACCUCCCAUCCUUCCCCUUCUCGAACCACUGGCUUCCAAGGUUAAGGAUCGACGUCACUUUGGUGCAACCUCCCUUGCCAGAAAAUAGCCAGGCUUCCCAAGAAGAGCUCCCGGGAACGGGGGAGGAGUGGGUCAAGAUGGGGGGGUAUGAGCAAGUCUCCAAGAAGUGCAAGAUCAUGUGGGCUGACAUGGAUCAGAGGGAAGAGGGAGAAGGGGGAAAAGAGGAGGAUAACUUCUUUCCUGGCCUGAAAAGGUGGAAUCUGGCGGUGGUAAUGCAGGAUGGAGAGGCAAACUUUGUGGAUGGGGAGAGGUGGGCUGCACCGAGGCAUACACUCUGAUGCAGCGCUCUGGGGUCAGUGUUGGUGUAAUAUGGUGGGAAAUGUAGGAAACAAACAAGUCUUGGAGAUUCCUUUUUGGAUAGCAAAAGACUU